CCCCCUCCCCCUUUCGCUUUCCACUCAGGCAGCGGCGCGGGCACCCCGCCCCGGCGCGGGGAGGGUUCUGGGUGUCCGCGCCGGUGGACAGUCGGUGGUGAGGGCGGGUGGUAACCGCAGUGUCAAGUACAGCGGGAGUGAGAGCCCGACACCGGAGCCGCCGCACGGCUAGGCCUGUCGCCAUUUUCCUCUCACAUCUCGCUGGUGACAGCGCGAACGGGCCGCUGGGCCCCUCAGGCUGCCAUCAUGACGGCUGAAGAAACAGUCAAUGUUAAAGAAGCUGAAAUAAUUAAACUCAUACUGGAUUUUCUAAACUCAAGAAAACUUCAUAUCAGUAUGCUGGCACUUGAGAAGGAAAGUGGGGUCAUUAAUGGCUUGUUUUCAGAUGACAUGCUUUUUCUAAGGCAGUUAAUUCUUGAUGGUCAGUGGGAUGAGGUUCUUCAAUUUAUUCAGCCUCUUGAAUGUAUGGAAAAAUUCGACAAGAAAAGAUUUCGUUACAUUAUAAUGAAGCAGAAGUUCUUGGAAGCCUUAUGUGUAAACAAUGCCAUGUCAGCAGAAGAUGAGCCUCAGCAUCUGGAAUUUACCAUGCGAGAGGCUGUGCAGUGCCUACAUGCGCUGGAAGAAUAUUGUCCCUCGAAGGAAGACUACAGUAAACUCUGCUUGCUGCUGACGCUGCCGCGCUUGACCAACCAUGCCGAAUUCAAGGACUGGAAUCCCAGCACUGCGCGGGUUCACUGCUUUGAAGAAGCCUGCGUCAUGGUGGCAGAGUUUAUUCCUGCUGAUAGGAAACUGAGUGAGGCUGGCUUCAAAGCAAGUAACAAUCGUUUGUUUCAGCUUGUAAUGAAGGGAUUGCUUUAUGAAUGUUGUGUGGAGUUCUGUCAGAGUAAAGCAACUGGAGAAGAGAUCACAGAAAGUGAAGUAUUGCUGGGCAUUGACCUCCUGUGUGGCAAUGGGUGUGAUGACUUGGACCUUAGUUUAUUGUCGUGGCUGCAGAAUCUGCCAGCUACUGUUUUUUCUUGUGCUUUUGAACAAAAGAUGCUUAAUAUUCACGUUGAUAAACUCCUCAAGCCUACAAAAGCUGCGUACGCUGAUCUUUUGACACCUCUUAUCAGCAAACUUUCUCCUUAUCCAUCAUCCCCAAUGCGACGGCCUCAGUCAGCAGAUGCUUACAUGACCCGCUCCUUGAACCCUGCCUUGGAUGGGCUCUCAUGUGGAUUAACCAAUCACGAUAAGCGAGUCACAGACCUUGGGACCAAAACUUCUCCAAUGUCUCAUUCUUUUGCGAAUUUCCAUUACCCAGGAGUACAGAAUCUCAGCCGAAGUCUCAUGCUUGAGAAUACAGAGUGUCACAGCAUUUUUGAAGAGUCACCUGAGCGAAGUGAUACUCCUGUGGAGCCACAGCAUCCCAUCAGCAGUGAAACUCAGUGCCAGAGUUCAGUUCCAGAAAAUGAACAACGUAGUGGAACACAGAGUCAUGGACCAGCCAAGCAAGAAAAAAAUGAGCUUCGUGAUUCAACAGAGCAGUUUCAGGAAUAUUACAGACAAAGGCUACGUUACCAGCAGCACUUGGAGCAGAAAGAGCAACAACGACAGCUGUACCAGCAAAUGCUGCUGGAAGGAGGUGUAAAUCAAGAAGAUGGAGCUGAUCAGCAACAGAAUCUUACUGAACAGUUUCUAAACAGAUCUAUCCAGAAACUAGGAGAAUUAAAUAUGGGCAUGGACAGUCUUGGAAAUGAUGUACAGACACUUAGCCAGCAGUGUAAUGGGAGCAAAGGGAAUGCAUCUACCAAUCCAGCAAGUAACUUCACAUCAGCACCUUCAGAUGCUGGUCAGAGGAUAACAACUGAUAGCCAGAAUGUUAAUACCAGCACUCCUCGGAAGCGUGGGGCAGCUAAUCAGAUACCCUUUCCUGAAGAGUCACCUGUGCAGGGGAAUCAAAUUGCAUCAGAGCAUGCUGUCACUCAGUCACAGUCAGAAGACUCUUCAGGGAAUUUAAGUAGGACAAGAUGUGAUGAGGAGGACAAAUCAAAAAAGCAAUUCAUUUGCAUUAAUACUCUAGAAGACACACAAGCUGUUAGAGCUGUAGCCUUUCAUCCCAGUGGGAGCUUAUAUGCUGUUGGCUCCAACUCUAAAACGUUGAGAGUGUGUGCCUAUCCAGAAGUAAUUGAUCCGAGUGCUUACAGUGUUCCUAAACAACCUGUAGUUCGCUUCAAAAGGAACAAGCAUCACAAAGGAUCAAUCUACUGUGUAGCCUGGAGUCCCUGUGGACAGCUGUUAGCUACUGGUUCCAAUGAUAAAUACGUGAAAGUACUGCCUUUUAAUGCAGAAACUUGUAAUGCAACAGGACCCGAUUUGGAGUUCAGCAUGCACGAUGGGACAAUCAGAGAUCUUGCUUUUAUGGAAGGCCCAGAAAGUGGUGGUGCUAUUUUAAUAAGUGCUGGAGCAGGGGACUGUAAUAUUUACACAACAGACUGUCAGCGAGGACAAGGCCUGCAUGCUCUAAGUGGUCACACUGGCCACAUCUUAGCACUUUAUACAUGGAGUGGUUGGAUGAUUGCAUCUGGGUCCCAGGACAAGACUGUAAGAUUCUGGGAUCUGAGAGUGCCAAGCUGUGUUCGUGUAGUGGGAACAACAUUUCACGGAACAGGAAGUGCUGUAGCGUCAGUAGCUGUUGAUCCUAGUGGUCGUCUCCUGGCUACAGGACAAGAGGACUCUAGCUGUAUGCUGUAUGACAUUCGAGGAGGACGAAUGGUGCAGAGCUACCAUCCUCAUUCCAGUGAUGUCCGUUCUGUUCGCUUCUCUCCGGGGGCACACUACCUGCUCACAGGAUCCUAUGAUAUGAAAAUAAAGGUGACAGACUUGCAAGGGGAUCUCACGAAGCAGCUUCCUCUUAUGGUUGUGGGAGAGCACAAGGACAAAGUUAUCCAAUGCAGAUGGCAUACACAAGAUCUUUCCUUCUUGUCAUCCUCUGCAGACAGAACUGUAACCCUUUGGACUUACAACGGGUAAAGUGCAAAUAAAGGCAACCUAUGCAGCUAAAGCACAGAGACCUGAGACUACAGAACUGUAAAAACAACAUAAAAAUCAUUAGGCAUUGAGAGAGCAGCAUUUGAGCAGGAGAGUGUCUUAGCAAGAGGAGGGGCACUUGUCACAGAUUUUUCUGGUUUCUAGGAGGUCUUGGUGUUUCUAGUAUAUUCUUUUGCAGUGCUUUCAGUCUUCCACGUGAACUCAUGCUGCUGUGACCUAUUGUAGUCUUGUUGCCAAAGUCUAUGAGGAGAACUCUGACAUUGUCAAUGUGCACUCAAAGUAAAAUGAAUGAUGUGUUUACAGUUUGGUAUUAAUUGCAUUCCUUGGUCUUUGCCUCAAUGAGAAUUUUAUAGAGAAACUUGAGUUGAUCAACACUUUGAGUCUGUAUGUAACUAGUUCCACACAUAAAUAACUUCCACUUUUUUCAGAUUUAUUAUUCAUCACUUCUCAACAAGAGGUCAGAUUUUAUAACAUCUCCACAAUUUCAACUUUUUUAGUAAUAAAUUCUGAACAUCAAAUGUGGCUAGGCAGUAACCACAUCUUGAUUAUGGUCCAUUAUGUAGUGUGGGGUUUUUUCUUUAGUUCAUCUAAACUGGGGAAAAUGUUGCUGGUUUUACAACAUGACACAGUUUUGAGCAAGCUAACAUGUUGGAGGGGGAAAAAAGUAAAAUAUUGAGGUAGGUUGGUUUGUUUUCCUGUAGAAACAUACAAUAUUUUACUUUUUGAAUGCAACAGAAUACCUCUGUGUAUCGUGUACUGUAGAAGAGAGCAAAUUGGCAGCAGUUGUCACAGUGAGCUUAAUGGCUAUCAGGUUUUCAAGUAAAAGGGAUACCAUUAAUGCUGUAAUAGAAACCAGCAUGGCUUAAAAUGCUAUGUCUGCAUGAUAAUUUAAGAAUGGUUUAAAUUCCCAGUUCAGAAGCUUAUCUGAAUUUUAUUUCUUGCACUGUUUAUGUAUGGGAAGUUGCAGUUUUAUUUCUACAAAACUUUAGAUUCUAAUGUUUAUGUAUUGUUAUAUUUUCCUAUUGUACAGUUCCUUUUACUUUUUAAAAUACAAACUUUAAACAGUAGGUUAUUUAUUUAUUUGAACUGCAGUUAAGUUUUGGAUUCUCUUGGUUACUAAAUUAUAUGUGCACCGUAGCAAGCAUUUUUAACUAUCGUAUCAAAGUGGAAAGGUAACUAUAGAAGUGUAUCUGUGCUAUAAUCUCAAUAAAGACCUCCAAC